AAUUAAUUAAAGCAUGUGUGAAAACAUCCCAUCUGUCUGGAAGCCUUUCUCCCCCACCCUGAAUGUCUGUGGGUCUGUUCCUUUUUCUCUAGAUGACGCUGGUCACGCGUCAGGAAGUUCUUGGACUUUACCGCAAGAUAUUCCGAAUAGCCAAAAAAUGGCACUCUGCAUCCGGACAGAUGGAAGAGACCACAAAAGAAAAACAGUAUAUUAUAAAUGAAGCUAAAACAUUGUUCCAAAAGAAUAAAAAUAUAACAGAUCCUGAGCUGGUUAAGCAAUGUAUAGAAGAGUGCAAGGCAAGGAUUGAGAUGGGACUUCAUUAUCGCAUCCCUUAUCCAAGGCCGAUUCAUCUGCCUCCCAUGGGCCUUGCACACCAGCAAGGCCGUGCGUUGAGACAUCAGGAGAAGCUGAGGAAACUUUCCAAGCCUGUCUACUUGAAAUCUCAUGAUGAAAUUUCAUAAUCCAGCAUGAGGCUGCUGCCUGUUGUCAGCCUGGACUGUCUGGCAAAUGUAUCCUGAGCCAACAAGCAUCAAUGAAACGGGAGUGGUUUGCACCCGCGGCCUUUUUUUCAGUGGUCAGGCACCCACCUGAUUCUAAGAGGAGAUGCGGGAAGGAUCAGCUCAAUCUGGCUUGUCUUUGUUGAGACGGAUUCAUCAAUAAAAGUGAGAAGCUUUGUGGUCAGUAAGAGGUGAGAUGAAAAA